GAAAUCACUGAUAAUGAAAUAUUAGAGUUGGUACAUAGUGCUCUGGGGAGGAUGACAGUUAUCCGGCAAAUUUUCCCUCUCUCAAGGGACAACAACCAGAGAUGCAUGAGGAACAAUCACCGAAUAUCAUCACUGCUGUGCGAUCCACAAGAAGGUUAUCUUCAGAUGCUGCAGGUUUCCAACCUGUACCUGUAUGACAGUGUGCUCAUGCUGGCCAAUGCUUUCCACAGAAAACUGGAGGACAGGAAAUGGCACAGCAUGGCAAGUCUGAACUGCAUGAGGAAAUCCACCAAACCUUGGAAUGGAGGACGAUCCAUGCUAGAGACUAUUAAGAAGGGCCAUAUAACUGGGCUUACUGGUGUUAUGGAGUUCAGAGAAGAUGGCGCCAAUCCCUAUGUUCAAUUUGAAAUACUGGGCACUAGCUACAGCGAAACAUUUGGCAAAGAUGUGCGGAGGUUGGCAACGUGGGACUCUGAGAAAGGACUGAACGGUAGUCUUCAAGAACGACGUCUGGGCAAUGACUUACAAGGACUGACACUCAAAGUGGUGACUGUCUUGGAAGAACCUUUUGUGAUGGUGGCGGAGAACAUACUCGGGCAACCAAAACGAUAUAAAGGAUUUUCCAUUGAUGUCCUGGAUGCUCUUGCCAAGAAUCUGGGCUUCAAGUAUGAGAUAUAUCAAGCUCCUGAUGGCAAAUAUGGACAGCAGCUUCAAAACAGCUCCUGGAAUGGCAUGAUUGGAGAACUCAUUAACAAGAGAGCAGACCUAGCCAUCUCAGCCAUCACUAUAACACCAGAACGAGAGAGUGUUGUGGACUUCAGCAAGCGGUACAUGGACUAUUCCGUGGGGAUCUUAAUCAAAAAGCCCGAAGAAAAAAUCAACAUCUUCUCUCUCUUUGCUCCUUUCGACUUUGCGGUGUGGGCUUGCAUUGCUGCAGCCAUCCCUAUAGUUGGUGUCUUGAUCUUUGUCUUGAACCGCAUCCAGGCAGUCAGGGCGCAGAACGCUUCCCAGCCGAGCCCUUCUGCCUCCUCCACCCUCCACAGUGCCAUCUGGGUCGUGUACGGCGCCUUUGUUCAGCAAGGGGGCGAAUCUACUGUCAAUUCUGUGGCUAUGCGCAUUGUAAUGGGAAGCUGGUGGCUCUUCACCCUUAUCGUGUGCUCCUCCUACACAGCGAACUUAGCAGCAUUUCUCACAGUAUCAAGAAUGGAUAAUCCUAUAAGGUAA